CAUUUAACGCUCUCGGCUCGUUUCAGUUCUCGGGCAGGUGUCAAGCGAUGUACACACGAAACGCCGACGCGGUCACAAUUCCAGAAUAUCAUAUACAUGCUAUAUAUGCUCAAGUGGCUAAUUAACAUACGCGUUGCGACCCGUCUCUUUACCUGAACCUGAGCUGUCUGGACUACACUCUUUCACAUUUCUUUACGGGGAAGCGAGUACAAAGUCACAACAAAUUUUCAAAUUCAUUACUCUCGGUAUAUAUAUUUCUGUAUCCAAAAACCGAUCGUCAUGCUGGAUCCCAUUUCGGACGCACCGCUGGUCUUGGCCUACGUCUUCAUGUCGCUGCUGGUGCUUAUUCUGUGCUUCAUACUGGUCAAUGUGGUCCACAAGCUGCACCGCAGUCUCAACGGCGAGGUAUCAUCGGGUCUGGUUUCUCCUACACAGCAGCUGAAGACCUCCAUCAUGGAGCUAGACGCCAUGAAAACCGGUUAGGAUGGGUGCAGCGCAGCUGGCUAUGAGUGGCGCGAGAAUCUUAAAUCUCAUUCGGAUGUCGGAGCUCCGGUUUUAAUUCGGGCGAUUGGAGCGAUGUACGAGGAACGACAGCUGCUAACCACCCACACGCACGAACUACAAAACCUAGACGCCUGUUGAUAUAUUAACCUAAAGCAAUUAGUCGUAAAUACACGAAACUAGGCUUACGAGUAGAAAUUAACUACAUUUAACGCGCUGGUCCUCUAGUCAAUUAAUUGUUCGUUUUUGACCUAAGGUUAGGUUACAUGUACAUUGAUAUUGUAAAUAAAAUAAUGUGAACGAUAA